UACUUUGUCAUUAGCAUAUUCUAUUAAUUGCCUUUGUCUUUUGCUAUUGCAUAUUGCUAAAUAAAUUAGUCCCACUCUAGCAUGUGCUCCUCUUUCUUUUCCCUGCUCGUCAUUACACUAAUUUAGUUUGCCAGUCUACUACAAACUUUUGGAAGGCAGGGGUGAUUUGCUAUUUGACUUCAUCUCCCCAGUGAUUAGACUUGGGAUAUAGUUUGAAGGUCAAAAGCCAGUAAGUCUGGCUUCUGAUUAGAUGCAGGGAGUAAACAGGGAAAUUAAGGAUUCUUAGGUUUUGGGCUUCAACAAGUGGGUGGAUGGUAUUUAUAUCAUUAAAUGCAAUGGAAAAGAUUGAGAUAAUUAUUGGAUAUUCCAAUGGAGAGGUCAAAUAGGCAGUCUUAAGUUUAGAGGGGAAAAGUAUAAUGUUAGAUAUAUAAAUGAAGGUGUCAUAAGAAUAUAGAUGGUAUCUAAAGGCCUGGGACUGGAUAUUACCCAGGGAGAUGGUGUGGAUAAAGUCCAGGUACUGUACUAUUUUAGUGUGAGAAGGAAAAGCACAGGAGAAAGGAAGAAAACUAGAAGAAUGUGGUAUCUGGGAAGCUAGACAAGUGUUUCAAAAAUGGGGAAGUGCUCAGCUGCAUCAAGUGAAAUAUGCUAAUAUGAGGAGGCAAAAAGACAACUAGAUUUGGCACCGUGGAUGUCACUGGAGGCCCUGCCGAGAAUAAUUUUAGUAGAGUAUAGAAGAUAGCAGCCAAAAUGGGUGAAGAUUGUCAAAAGGUACAAAUGUCCAAUAAUGAGAUAAAUAAGUUCUGGGGAUGUAAUGUACAGCAUGGUGACUGUAUGUAGCAAUCUGUGUUGCAUAUUUGCAAGUGGCUAAAAGAGUAAAUCUUAAAAGUUCUUAUCAUGAGAAAAAAAUUUGUAAUUAUGUGAGGUGAUAGAUACAAACAACUGAUUUUGGUAAUCACUUCACAAUAUAUAUAUAUAUUAAAUCAUUAUGUCAUACACUUCAAACAUAUACAAUGUUAUAUGCCAAUUAUAUUGCAAUAAAACUGGAAAAAAGAAAAGCGAAAGAAGAUCAAAGCUAGAUUGGGAGGGUGCCAAGGAAAGAAUGGGAUGGAAGAAAGCACAGACGUCAAGUAGAGACAAUGAAUUUGAGAAAUUUUAUUGUGAAGGGAUCAGAGAAAAAUGGCACAGCAGCUGGAAGGGGCGAGGGAUCAAAGGAGGGGGAAUAAUGACAGAAGCAAAUCCUUGUGUUAUACUUUCACUCUAUUGAACUUAGAUUUUCGAUGUUUUUCCAACUAUAUGAAUUCCUUGAGAGCAGCAUUUUCUAUUUUCUAACUCCUCUUUGUAUCAUAGGUUCUCAAUACAUGUUUGUGAAAUGUCUAGAUCCUAAACUCUUAAGUUCUGGCCCAAGAAAUGAGAUAUAGUGGAAAGAGCAGAAUUUGGAAUCAGACAGACUCAAGUUUAAAUAUUAGAUUUUUUGCUAACAAGCUACGUAGCCUUAGAAAAAUUACUUUAUCUAACAUAAUAUUAAGAACAGGUCUUAUAUUAAUUUUUGCUCCAAAAGACGCAUUAGAGCUGAUUGUCUGGCUAGGUCUUAUUCUCGGGGAAACAGGGUACACCUCCCAGUCUGCUUCCCACAAUACUUGAAAUGAACGCUAACUUUAUUUGUAAUAGCUCAAAACUGGAAAAACCCCACAAUAUCUAAUCCACAUCGCAGCAGCCACUGUCCUGGGUCAUCACAUGGCUGACUCUGUCAUCAAGGUCUCAGCUCUAAUGUCGUCUCUUCAGAGGUCUUCUAAAACCAACCUAAGGUAGCUCUCUGCCCUCGUCACACUACUUUUUUUUGAGCACAUAUCACAUUAUCUCCAAUGAUUUUUAUUUAUUCUUUGUACUCCAUUAUAAUGUAAACACCAUGAAAACUGGCAUUUCUUUGUUCAAGACUGUUAUCUAUCACCAGUGGCUAAAACUGCCUUGCACAAAGCAGGCAUUCAAUAAUUAUAUAUUGGAGACACAAAUGCACAAUUUUCAAACUCUUUAAGUAUAUAUUUUAUAGUAGUAAACUUGAAGUGGGCAAAGAUACCGUCAUCCCAAAUGACUCAGCACAGGCACACAGAAAGCUUGUAUAGUUAGGGUACUUCUCCAGGAAGCCUUCCCUGACACCCCACUUCUGGGGUAGGUAUUUCUCAUGAUUGCAGUGCUCCCCCGAUCAUAGCCUUUAUUAUACUAUAAUUGAGUUACUUGUUUGUAUCUCCUACUGAACUGUAAGUCUCUUGACUAACACAAAUAUGUCAACUGUUGGAAUAUUUUGAAUCCUCAUCACGAAUUCUUCCUUUUUCCAAACCAAAACAUGGAAGAACUGGGAAGUAACUUAUUAAGGCUCAGUAACCUGGAGGUCAUACUAUGCAAAUGGCAUAAGGUGGCCAUCAACAACAGGUCCCACUGGUUUACAAGGUAUUUGUUGAGGCUGCCAGAGAAUACAGGGGAAACAGUCCAGAGGGUUCAGAAUGGUCUGGUAUGACUCUGGACCGGCUCCAUUUGGAAGAUCCGGUCCCUAGCCCAACCCUAGAACGACACCAUAAUGCAGCCCUCUCUGACAUAAGCUUGUAACUCUGCUUACCACACAACCAGGAUCCUAGGAUCUCUUAGCAGUGCUCCCCAGUAAUCACAUUGUCUCCAAUGUAAAAAUGCGCCUCUUUGCAGUCACUCUACCAUCACCAGCACAGCCUGAGCUGAGAGGAAGCUGUGGUUCUCACUACCCAGAGCACCCCUUUCCAACAAAACAUGGUGGGUUACUAUGAAGAUCUAGGAGUGCAGAGAUUUGGUUCAUGUGAGGACAUUAAAAAGGCUUAUCAUAAAGGAGCGCUUAAAUGGCACCCUGAUGAAAAUCCAGAAGAUAAAGAAGAGGCCGAGAGAAAAUUAGUAGCUGAGGCAUAUGAGGUAUUAUCAAAUGAUGAAAAACGGGACAUUUAUGAUAAAUGUGGCAAAGGAUUAAAUGGCAGAGAUGGAAGUAAUUUUGAUGAUUCUUUUGAGUAUGGCUUCACAUUCUGUAAGCCAGAUGAUGUCUUUAAAAAAUUUGGGGGUAAAAGGGACUCAUUUUCAUUUCAUUUAUUUGAAGACUCACUCGAGGACAUUUUAAAUAGUCCAAGAAAUCCUAUGAAAGCAGAAAAAAGAGGGGCAAGAUCCUUUUUCUCUACCUACAGUGACUAUCCUGCUUUUGAGAAAUUUUCUUCAUAUGAUACAAGAUAUACACCAUACAGUUCACUGGGCCAGGAGGGCCUUCAUUCCUUCUCUUCCUUGGCAUUUGAUGACAGUGGGAUGGCCAACUACAUAUCUUUUACAACUUCAGGUAAAAUUGUUAAUCGCAGAAAUACCAAUACAAACAGAAUUAUUGAGAAUGAUGGAGAAGUUGAAGAUGAUGGUGAGUUGAAGUCCUUCCUGAUAAAUGGUAUGGCAGAUGAAGAGGACUCUGCAGAAGAACGCAGUUGGAGAAGACAGUCAUUCAACAAUUAUUCACCAAAGUCCUACAGCCCUAAACACGUAUCUGAAUAUACUUUUGUGGACAAUGAUGAGCCAGCUGGGUCACCAGCAACAGGGAUCCCUCUAUUUUCUCAGAAGGAUCAAAGAAGGUGGUAAAAGAGGAGAAAAAAGAAACAUAAAGAGGUGUAUAAGAAGUCAACCAAAAGGAAUCGUUAAAUUGACUUUUCAAACACAUUAUGUUCACGUAACAUUUGAACGUGACUCUUUGUGUUUUGGUUAAUCACAGCUGUGCGGAUAACGUGUUUAUGACUAUAUACUAAGAUUAUGUUUUUAACAUGUUUAGCAGGAUUGUGGACAUCUGGUCAGUGGUUGUAUGGAUUAGGUAUGUCAGAAAAAGAUGAGUUUGUGGUGACGGUGAUGUUAAGAAUUUGGAAAACGGCAAAGAUCGUUUUACUUUUGUUUUUGAGCUAAAUAUUUACGUAACAUAGGUUUUUUAGUAGCAUUUAUGAUCUAUUUCAUUCUUUUUCUCUAAUUAAAACUACUAUACAAACUUCUGAAAUAUGUAUAGCCUUAGGAACUAAAAAUAUAUUAAGAUA